AUGACAAGAGAAUGGGCCCUGAUCUUGUCCAUGCUGCUCUGUGGCCCGGCUGGCCCCAUGCACCUAUUCCAGCCGAGCCUGGUGCUGGACAUGGCCAAGGUCCUCCUGGAUAACUACUGCUUCCCAGAGAACCUGCUGGGGAUGCAGGAAGCCAUCGAGCAGGCCAUCAAGAGUCGCGAGAUCCUAGCCAUCUCAGACCCACAGACGCUGGCCCAUGUGCUUACGGCCGGGGUGCAAAACUCCUUGAAUGACCCCCGCCUGGUCAUCUCCUAUGAGCCCAGCGCCCUCGAGCCUCCCCAGCAAGCCCCAGCACUCACCAGCCUCACACAAGAGGAACUGCUUGCCCGGCUGCAGAAAGGCAUCCGCCAUGACAUUCUGGAGGGCAACGUGGGCUACCUGCGGGUGGACGACAUCCCGAGCCAGGAGGUCAUGAGCAAGCUGGGGGACUUCCUGGUGGCCAAUGUCUGGAGGAAGCUCAUGGGCACCUCUGCCUUGGUGCUGGACCUCCGGCACUGCACUGGGGGCCACGUUUCCGGCAUCCCCUACAUCAUCUCCUACCUGCACCCAGGGAACACGGUCCUGCACGUGGACACCAUCUACGACCGCCCCUCCAAUACGACCACUGAGAUCUGGACCCUACCCCAGGUCCUAGGAGAGAGGUACAGUGCCGACAGGGAUGUGGUGGUCCUCACCAGCGGCCACACCGGGGGCGUGGCUGAAGACAUCGCUUACAUCCUCAAACAGAUGCGCAGGGCCAUCGUGGUGGGCGAGCGGACGGUGGGAGGUGCCCUGGACCUCCAGAAGCUGAGGAUAGGCCAGUCUGACUUCUUCCUCACCGUGCCCGUGUCCAGGUCCCUGGGGCCCCUCAGCGGGGGCAUCCAGACGUGGGAGGGCAGUGGGGUGCUGCCCUGUGUGGGGACACCGGCUGAGCAGGCCUUGGAGAAAGCCCUGGCCAUCCUCAUGCUGCGCCGUGCCCUGCCAGAAGUCAUCCAGCGCCUGCAGGAGGCCCUGAAGGACUACUACGCACUGGUGGAGCGCGUGCCUGCCCUGCUGCACCACCUGGCCAGCAUGGACCUCUCCUCGGUGGUCUCCGAGGAGGAUCUGGUCACUAAGCUCAACGCUGGCCUGCAGGCUGUAUCCGAGGACCCCAGGCUCCUAGUGUGGGCCGUCAGGCCCAAAGAAACCCCUUCUGAGCUCGAGGCUGGAGCUGAUGCCCCCCAAGAGGUAGUCCUAGCAGUGCCCAAGGACGAGGCUGCCCAGCGGGCCCUGGUGGACGCUGUGUUCCAGGUGUCGGUGCUGCCGGGGAACGUGGGCUACCUGCGCUUCGACAGCUUUGCGGACGCCUCCGUGCUCGAGGUGCUGGGCCCAUAUAUCCUGCACCAGGUGUGGGAGCCCCUGCAGGACACAGAGCACCUCAUCCUGGACCUGCGCCAGAACCCCGGGGGGCCGUCCUCUGCCGUGCCCCUGCUGCUCUCCUACUUCCAGGGCCCCGACCCCGGCCCCGUGCGUCUCUUCACCACCUAUGACCGCCGCACCAACAUCACACAGGAGCACUUCAGCCGCACGGACCUGCUGGGCCAGCACUACAGCACCCAGCGUGGGGUGUACCUGCUCACCAGCCACCGCACCGCUACUGCCGCUGAGGAGCUGGCCUUCCUCAUGCAGUCCCUGGGCUGGGCCACGCUGGUGGGCGAGAUCACCGCGGGCAGCCUGCUGCACACCUGCACGGUGCCCCUGCUGGAGAUGCCAGAGGGCAGCCUGGCCCUCACAGUGCCCGUGCUCACCUUCAUCGACAACCAUGGCGAGUGCUGGCUGGGGGGCGGCGUGGUGCCCGAUGCCAUCGUGCUGGCCGAGGAGGCCCUGGACAGGGCCCAGGAGGUGCUGGAGUUCCACCGCAGCCUGGGGGCCUUGGUAGAGGGUACGGGGCACUUGCUGGAGGCUCACUACGCCCGGCCAGAGGUCGUCGGGCAGACUGGUGCCCUGCUGCGAGCCAAGCUCGCCCAGGGGGCCUACCGCACAGCGGUGGACCUGGAGUCGCUGGCCUCUCAGCUCACGGCCGACCUGCAGGAGAUGUCCGGGGACCACCGUCUGCUGGUGUUCCACAGCCCAGGCGAGCUGGCGGCCGAAGAGGUGCCCCCGCCACCUCCCGCUGUCCCCUCCCCAGAGGAGCUCUCCUAUCUCAUCGAGGCCCUGUUCAAGACGGAGGUGCUUCCCGGCCGGCUGGGCUACCUGCGUUUCGAUGCCAUGGCCGAGCUGGAGACGGUGAGGGCCAUCGGGCCACAGCUGGUGCAGCUGGUGUGGCAGAGGCUGGUGGACACGGCUGCGCUGAUCAUCGACCUGCGCUACAACCCCGGCAGCUACUCCACAGCAGUGCCGCUGCUCUGCUCCUACUUCUUUGAGGCCGAUCCCCGCCAGCACCUCUUCUCGGUCUUUGACAGGGCCACCUCGAGGGUCACGGAGGUGUGGACCAUGCUCCAGGUGGCAGGCCAGCGCUACGGCUCCCACAAGGACCUCUACAUCCUGAUGAGCCACACCAGCGGGUCGGCGGCUGAGGCUUUCGCUCACACCAUGCAGGACCUGCAGCGGGCCACGGUCAUCGGGGAGCCCACGGCUGGGGGGGCACUCUCUGUCGGCAUCUACCAGGUGGGCAGCAGCCCCUUGUAUGCCUCCAUGCCCACGCAGGUGGCCCUGAGCGCUACCACAGGCGAGGCCUGGGACCUGGCUGGAGUGGAGCCUGACAUCACGGUGCCCAUGGGCGAGGCCCUCUCCACAGCCCGGGACAUAGUGGCCCUGCGUGCCAAGGUGCCCACUGUGCUGCAGACGGCCGGGAAGCUGGUCGCCGAUAACUAUGCCUCCCCCGAGCUGGGGGCCAAGAUGGCUGCCAAACUGAGCCGGAUGCAGAGCCGCUAUGCGAGAGUGACCUCAGAAGGGUCCCUGGCCGAGAUGCUGGGGGCCGACCUGCAGAUGCUGUCUGGGGACCCACACCUGAAGACAGCCCACAUCCCCGAGGAUGCCAAGGACCAAAUCCCCGGGAUUGUGCCCAUGCAGAUCCCUUCCCCUGAAGCCUUUGAAGACCUGAUCAAGUUUUCCUUCCACACUAACGUGCUGGAGGACAACAUUGGCUACUUGAGAUUCGACAUGUUUGGAGACUAUGAGCUGCUCACCCAGGUCUCAGAACUGCUGGUGGAGCACGUCUGGAAGAAGAUUGUGCACACGGACGCCAUGAUUGUUGACAUGAGGUUCAACAUUGGCGGCCCCACCUCCUCCAUCCCUGCCCUCUGCUCCUUCUUCUAUGACGAAGGCCCUCCAGUUCUGCUGGACAAAAUCUACAACCGGCCCAAUGACUCUGUCAGUGAACUCUGGACCCACUCUCAGCUCACAGGCGAACGCUACGGCUCCAAGAAGAACGUGAUCAUUCUGACCAGCAGUGUGACGGCCGGCGCCGCGGAGGAAUUUACCUACAUCAUGAAGAGGCUGGGGCGGGCGCUGGUCAUUGGGGAGGUGACCAGCGGGGGCUGCCAGCCACCGCAAACCUAUCAUGUGGAUGAUACCGACCUCUAUAUCACCAUCCCCACAGCCCGCUCGGUGGGGGCUGCAGAUGGCAGCUCCUGGGAGGGGGUGGGCGUGGUGCCCCACAUGGCUGUCCCUGCUGAAGCUGCCCUCGCCAGAGCCAAGGAGAUGCUCCAGCACACUCUGCUGAGGGCGAGGCGGAGCGCGGGCCUGCAGGACUGCCCAGAGGACCUCCUUCGGCAGAGCCCCAGGCUUCUCUCCAAGCUCUCCAGCUUCCGCCAGAGACCCAAAAGUGAGCUCCAGUGCUGCAUCCUGACACACAGUGCUGCUGCCGAGGGAGAGCAACCCUGGGCGGCGGUCUGCGGGCCUGCCCUGCUCCUCCAAGUGCAGCCUGUCGCUGUGCUGGCUCUAGUGACCCAGCCCACUCCUAACGGGGACCUGCUCAGAUGUCGCCGGGUCAGUUGA